UUCUCUGAUUCUCUCGUCUUCCCACGCACGGACGAACGGUCACAACUCACAACCCACACUCCCACAUGCCACAGCACUCCAAGCAGGCGGCCAUGGAGUUGCUCCUUCUCCCUUCCCGUGCCACCGUCUCCCGACGGCUCCAGCCAACCGCCCCACUCCGCCGCGCCAGCGCGGCCACCUUCCGGCCGUCGGCCAGCUCCGGCAACGUCGAGGCCACCACCGGCGCCACGGCGACGACGUCGGCAGCCAAGACCGGCCAAGAAUGGCGCGCGGGCGGCCGUCAGGGCCAGGCGCGGUUCGGGCUCGACCUGGACCUGUCCGAGGAGAUGAGGCGUGAUAUGAUGUGGCGGAUGCUAGCCUUCCCCGCGGCGGCGGUUGCGGCGGAGGCCGCUCUCCUGUGGGCGCUCAACAGCGGCGUCGACGCGCCCGCGUGGGCCGGCAAGGCGGGCUCGGCCGUGCUGUUCGCUGCGGGGCUGCUCGGGUCCCAGUACGGGUUCUUCUCCUCGAGGUGGGACGCCGCGGAGACGGGGUCGGUGGUGGGGUGGAAGCUCGCCGCCCGGCACUGGAACGCCCUAUCCAUGGCCAGGGGUUCGUCCAUGGAAGAGGAAGAUGAGGAGGACGACGAGGAGUGGGAGUGGGUGUACGAGGAAGACGAGGAAGAAACUGACGAUUAGUUGGGUAGAUACCGUCUGUGAUAGCAAGGUAAUUGGUUGGAUUAAACCUUGUACUAAAAUGCAUGUGACAGUGCCCGGUUUGGUUAAACCACAUGCAGUAAAUAGAAUGGUUACAUGUAGGCCUAGAACUACCACUUCGUUCUUUUCCUGUCAUUUCUGUAUCGACUCCUGUGAAUAUAGUCACCAUACUUUUCUUUUUCUUA